AUGAUGUGGCGAACCACAUUUGGAGGAGAGCGUAUUUCUCCAGAGUUUGAUGAAUCCAAGUUUGGUGCUGAGCUCGUGGGGAACUCUUUGUCUCUGAAGAUGGAGGCUGUGGAUGUGACUGACUCUGCUGUGUACUACUGUGCUCUGCAGCCCACACUGACAGGAAACACCAACACUCUGAACAAAAACCUCUGCAGCAAAGACAACACAAUAGUGCAGUGUCUCCACUAG